CCGCCGCGUGGCCAUGGGCUCUACAACCUCCUCUCUGUCUAGGCAGCUGGGAGCGCCCCGGGUUGUGUAAAGUGGCGGCCCCGCUGGAUCUAUGGUCUGCGAGGAACAAAGAGCGAGCGGCCGCGGAGCGGGGCACCUCGGAGCCGGGAGGAUGCAGGCUGUGUACUGGUGCGCCGUGCUCCUGCUGCAGCCCACCCUCGACCUGGUUACGUGUGCAAAUUUAACAAAUGGCGGAAAAUCAGAACUUCUAAAAUCAGGAAGCUCCAAAUCCACACUAAAGCACAUAUGGACAGAAAGCAGCAAAGACUUGUCCAUCAGCCGGCUGCUGUCACAGACUUUUCGUGGCAAGGAAAAUGAUACAGAUUUGGACCUGCGAUAUGAUGCCCCAGAAACAUAUUCUGAGCAAGAUCUCUGGGACUGGCUGAGGAACUCCACAGACCUUCAAGAGCCUCGGCCCAGAGCAAAGAGACGGCCCAUUGUCAAGACUGGGAAAUUUAAGAAAAUGUUUGGCUGGGGUGAUUUUCAUUCCAACAUCAAGACUGUGAAGCUAAACCUGUUAAUAACUGGAAAAAUCGUUGACCAUGGCAAUGGGACGUUUAGUGUUUACUUCAGGCAUAAUUCCACUGGUCAAGGGAAUGUAUCUGUGAGCCUAGUGCCCCCUACCAAAAUAGUGGAAUUUGACUUGGCACAACAGACCGUGAUUGAUGCCAAAGAUUCGAAGUCCUUUAACUGUCGCAUCGAAUACGAAAAGGUUGACAAGGCUACCAAGAACACGCUCUGCAACUAUGACCCUUCAAAAACAUGUUAUCAGGAGCAGACCCAGAGUCAUGUGUCAUGGCUCUGCUCCAAGCCCUUUAAAGUAAUCUGUAUUUACAUUUCCUUUUAUAGUACAGAUUAUAAACUAGUACAGAAGGUGUGUCCUGAUUAUAACUACCACAGCGACACACCCUACUUCCCUUCAGGUUGAGGAUGAACAUGUGUCUGAGACUGAACCCGGAGGAAUAAAAGAGGUCAUAUGACAGGGCUGUUACCUCAAAGAAGGAGGCCACAUCUAUUGCCUGGAAUGUGUCUACACUCUACUGCUGAUGUCAAAUGGCUGCAAAUACGUUAGUGGAAAACAAUCUAAUGUAAUUUCUGCCCAGUCAGCUCCAUGUUAUCAGUCUAGUUGUAAAUCACUAUGGAUUUGAAAUAAAACCACACACACACACAGACACACACUCUUUUCAGCUUGCAUCUAUUGAGAUUCCUGUUAAGAGGGCUUUCAUUGUCUGAUACAUAAUGUUUCAGGAUAACCUAUCAUCAAGCAAAAAGGAUUAACUAGACAGUGAAUGGUUUCUAACACAGACUGUUAUGGAAAUCUCCUUUAAAGUCUUGAAUACAUGCCAAUCAAUAAUCCCCACUUGUGCAUUCUGCUGCUUGGAGUAGCUGUACUGGUAAAUAAUACUGUAGGAGUAAAUGCUUGUUAAAAUGGGAAAAAAUGUGUGUCUAGAGCUCAGUAUUCCAUAUUAUAUGAACACAACAAAGCGUAGUGACUUUUUCCAGCAUAUAGUAGGCACAUUCAAGGUGGUGUUAGGUGGCUCUUUUUUCUGUGGAGGGAGCCUGUGUCUAGUAAAGAUGAGCAAACAUUUGGAAUUUACAUGUGGGCAGAUAACCUGGUUUCAAAUUUCUUUACUGACCAUUUAAAGAUGGAGGCAGGGAGACCAGCUAAGCUACUGACACUCUUCAACUAUGCUGUAAGGAGGAAAAUGCCUGAUAGACAACAUGUAAGUUAUAAGUGGCUGUCUUAUCUUUAUUACAACUAUUGUAACAAAUUCAAUAUCCUAGUCUUCAUUUGUAUGAAUGGUUUGUAUUGUACAUAGUUUAACCAGUGUUAUUUGAGCUGCUUAUUAAUAUUAACUUGUAAUUGUCUCUCUGCUUGUUAUUGGUUAAAAACAAUCAAGGAAAUGAGGAACCCAUUUUAUCAAUGUAGCUGUAAACUCCAUUAAAAGACAGAAUUAUGUACAAAGCAUUUAUUCAGCUAAAGUAUUGUUGAAAGCUAUACAUAUACAACAUUACAGUCUGUCUGUAUUUAGAUAUUUUAUUUCCAGACAAAAGAAAAUGAACUGUACAUAAAAAUAAAAACCUUAAAGUUGAGUUUCAA